AUGAAUUAAUACCCGCAUUCCUAUUCGCCCACCCUCAAAUAAAAGCAUCGCUCGGUUGUCCAACAACUCAGACUCAAGUCGAUUACUGUGGAUGCUAAAAGAACUUUUGUGCUCUCCCAACCCAAUUCAAAAAAACAGAUUCUCUCCCCUCUCGUCAAGAAGAAAUCCGAACAAUUGCACUUCUGUAUCAACGGCAAAGGCUAAAUUGAGUCUUCCCAACCCCGGAAGAUUCUGAGAAAGAGAAACAACAAUUCCGAAUAUCAGUCUGCUAUCACUCAUUACGCUGCCUAUCCCUUCACAUACAGAAACAAAAUAAAUGACGCAGGAGUUGAGUCCAUGUUUUGUAUACGAAAAUAUGAAUUGUUAAGGAAAUAGAACAAAUGA